AGGGCCGGGCGAGGGCCCACGCCUGUGCUGGAGGAGGCCGCGCCCGGCGCAGGGGUGCGAGUCUAAGCCGCGGGGCUUGCCGCGGGGGUCCCGAGUCCGUGCCCAGGGGAGAUUGGGUACAUAUACACUGGACCAUGGCCAGUUCAACAGACCUCUCGAGAAUCAAAGAAAGUUCUGAUACUGGGAAACAGCAGAACAGAGUGGUGACUGAAGAGGAAUGGCUGCAGAAAUGGGAAGCAAACAACAUUGGAUUUCAUAAUGAACAAGGACAUCCGCUUUUAAAGAAGCAUCUCGAUCUUCUUCUUAAUGGCAGGAGUGGACUCAGGAUAUUUUUUCCACUUUGUGGCAAAGCAGUAGAAAUGAAAUGGUUAGCUGACAUGGGACACAGUGUAAUUGGUGUGGAAUUCAGCGAGCAGGCACUGAAGGAUUUCUUUGUAGAACAAAAUCUUUCUUAUUCUGAGGGAUCAAUCCCGGAGAUUUCUAAAGCCAAAGUAUUUAAGAGUACCUCUGGGAAUAUUUCUCUGUACUGCUGCAGUAUCUAUGAUCUGUCCAGUAAAAUUGCAGGCAAGUUUGAUGGGAUUUGGGACAGAGGAGCACUAGUGGCCAUUAACCCAUGUGACAGAGAACGCUAUGCCAAUUUGAUGUUGUCUCUAAUGGAUAAAAAUUGUUCCUAUCUGCUGGCUACUGUUUCUUAUGAUCCAAAUAAAUAUAAAGGCCCACCAUUUUAUGUUCCUGAACAUGAAAUUGAAAGUUUGUUUGGCAAAUUCUGUGAAAUUAAAUGUCUUCAGAUGCAAGAUGUCUUUUCAGAAAGACAAAAAGUAUGGGGACUAGAUUAUUUUCUAGAGGUAUUAUAUCUACUAAAGAUUUUUCCUGGAUAAAGCAACACACAAAUAGUAGCAAGGUGGGGAGGGGGUUAAGUUUGAUUGAUCCUGCUUUGUUUUUAAUGAACUGGAUAUAUAGGAAUUCUUCUAAUGCACUUCAGAGUAUGAAAACUUGGGUAUGGAACUGGCAUUGUCUCUGUUUUGGGAUUAUUUUAAGAUACUCCUUCUAAAGUCAAUUAUAUUGUACUUCUAUCUUAAUUUACAUUUUUUGUGUUUUAAGAAUGUUUUUCUUAACUAGGUUUAAAUUCCCUGCAUAAAAAAUCAUUUUAACUGUGUACCUUUGUUUCCUAUAUUUUUGGUAAGUUAAAAGUUUUAAAAGAUCACUUAAAGAAAUGAUCCUAUAGUGGGCAAUGGCCCCUACCUGUUGAUGGUUUUGUAGUCACCAUCCUAACUAUAGUUUCCUGUAAUUUUGCUCUCCUGCCAGUAGGCAAGGACUGUCUGGUGGCUUCAACCUUCUGCCUUUUUCUCCCUGCUUCUACUGUUAAAGAGACUGGUGACAAGAGAGCAAGCAAAAUUUUAGCAGCAGUUAUGUUUGGGUGAACAGGACAGUCAACUAGAAGUAUGUGACAAAAGUGAAUCUGUUGAGGGGAGAGCAAAUGAUGCCCCUGCAUCAGUAAGAAAGCUGUUUUUCCCCUUAAGAAAGCAAUUUUUAUUAGAGGAAACCUGGCUUUAGGAUGUCACGUGUGUGGGAAGCAUGAGUUAUGGGGUGUCACAGAAAGACUUCUGAGGUUUGGCUAAGCCUCUGGCCAUAGGGAUACUUCCCUGAACCCAAGAGGUUCUGCCAUCACUGGCUAUUACAAUUUUACAAAUGAACAUUCAUGUUUUGAGUCCCUGAUGAUCAGGCAUCCUGGCUUUCUCUGUUUAAAAAUUGCAAAUUCUCUGAUAAAACCCUGCAAACUCUCUGAUUAAAACCCCAAAAUCCAUGAUUAAAAUGAAAUGCCGCUAUAUAUGUAUGUAAGUAUGUAUCAGUUGAACACGUUUUCUUGAUAUUUUUACUAUUUUAAAGCAAUUUGGAAGCCUACCAGUGCUUCAAACACUAUAGUAAAAUAAAUUCUAAAUAUCUAUA